AUGAAAUUCACCUCUAGCAAAGCCUCCUGGCUACUUCUAUUGGCGGGCGCCACCAGCCUCAAUGCCGCACCUAUUCUUACCCCACGACAGCCGACGCAAUUGAUUCAUUGGCCACCUGCCGCAGCAGACGCCUUGAAUGCCAUGAUCUCAGCAAAUGCCAACCAGGGUAAUUAUGCUGUGUUUGAUAUGGACAAUACCAGCUACCGUUAUGAUCUCGAAGAGUCGCUCCUACCGUUCCUGGAGGGCCGUGGAAUCAUCACUCGAGAAGGUCUCGACCCUUCCUUGAAAUUGAUCGAGUUCAAAGACACAGCAAAUUAUACCGAAACACUCUUCAGCUACUACUACCGCCUUUGCGAAAUCGACGACAAAGUCUGUUAUCCAUGGGUGGCCCAGGUCUUCUCCAACUUUACUUUAGGAGAACUGAAAGGCUAUGUCGAUGAGCUAAUGACCUUUGAAGGCAACAUCACAAGCACCUACUACGAUGAAGAUGUCGUCACCAACAUCACCGUUAACCGCCCCAGAAUUUUUGCUGGCCAAGUCGAACUGUACAACGUCUUGAGGUAUUGA